CAAUCAAUCCACUUCCAUCAUCUCACUAUCAGAUUGCUGUUUUAGUGGGUGGUCUAUGAUGAUGUGACCGGCCAGUUAAGCUUUCUGACAUCCUGCUAUCAGAUCGCAAGCCUGGCCGUUGGGGCUUCUGGGGGGGGGGCGACGACGGUGGUAAUAAAAGCUAUGGGGCCAAGGGCUGGACACUGAAACACCAGGCAUCUCCUUCCUUCCAAGAUGUGGAGAUUCCAACAGCCUCCCCACCUCUUCCUCCUCCUUCUCCUCCUGUCCUCCUCUCUGGUCAAACCAGCUCUACUGCGGAGUCGCAUCAUCGGAGGACAUGAAGCUGUGCCUCAUUCCCGACCCUACAUGGCAACACUCAAAUCUGAAUUGGGCUUUGGGUGUGGCGGGUUCCUUGUGGCCCCCCAGUGGGUAAUGACAGCUGCGCAUUGCAUGGAAGACAUGACGGUCGUCUUGGGGGCGCACGAUCGUUCCGCCAUUGAGGACACUCAACAGGUGAUUGGCGUUGAGUCAUACCACAUGCACCCGGAAUAUAAUGACGAUACGAACUCAAACGACAUCCUUCUGCUCAAGCUGGUCCACAAGGCUACUCUGAACAAAAACGUCCAGAUGAUUCCCCUGCCCACAUCUAGCAGCGACCUCCCCGAUGGGACCCCCUGCAGCCUGGCAGGGUGGGGCCUGAUUGAUGACAACCAAGACAUGGAGAAGCUCUUUGAGACCAACAUCACCACCUACAGUCGCAGGAAGUGCAUGAAGUUCUACCCAGAGCUGGACGACAGCAUGAUCUGCGCUGGCAGCUACAACCAGCUCCGGGAUACAAGCCAGGGCGAUUCCGGAGGCCCCAUGGUCUGCAACGGCGUGGCGCACGGAAUCGUCUCCUUCGGCAACCACUUUCCUCCUGGAGUCUACUCUCGCAUCGCCCACUUCCUUCCCUGGAUCAAGAAAACCAUGGAACCCUGAAGAGAAGAAGCAACCACCAACUGCAGCCUGGCUCGACAAGAAACCCUCUGCUUGCUAUAUAACCUGUAUGGCUUUCAUUCUGAAAUUCCACCUGCCCCCCCCCCAAUGCUGCAACACGCCCUCCUCCCACUCCUGUUGGAACAACUGGAUCCAAAGGGACUUGAAUUCACAACUGCAUUUUCGUGCCAUCUCCCCAGGGAAUUCUGGGAAGUGUAGUUCUAUGGGGUGAAAUGUGGAUCUCUUAACAACUCUCAGCCCCCUUAACAAACUACAGUUCUCCAAAUUAUUGCUGGGCAUGGCUGUUUAAGUGCCCUAUAAUGUUUGAGAUCCCAGUCAAUGGCCCUGUGUGGUUUCGAUCUGAGAGUGUUUGUUCAGUGCAUGAUCCUUGGAUCGAGAGGUGUACCCUGAACACAAGAGAAGCAGAAUUUGGAAAUGGGAGCGGGGGGGGGGGGGAGAGCGGAUUGAGUGCCUUGACCUGUCACAUUCUGACCCUCUUGCAUUGCAAAAUAAAGCAAAUGCUUGAGCAUCAGUCUUGUGCUUCUAUUAGCCUCUCUGAAAUGAACAUAUGAACUGUAAGAAGGCACCAUAACUUCAAGACCAUGUCUUGGGUUAUGGAAAUGGACAGAAUGGCCCAUCCCUAAGUUCAAAGCAGCCCCCCCCAUAACAUUUGGCCAUUCCCCCAGUUUGGCACAUUCUUCCAAUCACUCACCAUCUCUCUAUCAGACGGCUGUUCUAACGGGUGAUCUAUGGUGAGACAGCCAGUUAAGCUUUCUGACAUCUCACUUUUCAUUUUGAUUGCAAGCCCAGCUGUUGUGGCUACCUGGGGCAAGGGGUCAGUUAUAUAAUCUCCACUAUAGACACUAUAGAAGAUCAAAUUUUGGGCUGUUCUCACAGUUUGGCUGUUGUGGUCCUGCCACAAUCCAUCAUCUCACAAUCAGAUUGCCGUUUUAGUGGGUGAUCUAUGAUGAUGUGACCGGCCAGUUAAGCUUCUUGACAUCCUGCUAUCUGAUCGCAAGCCUGGCCGUUGGGGCUUCUGGGGGGAGGAGGAGUCAGCUGGAAUCUCCACAUCUUGAAGUCCCACUUGGCAAGGAAGUAGAUGCCUGGUGUUUCAGUGUCCGGCCCUUGGCCCCAUAGCUUUUAUUACCAUCGUCCAGCUGAUAUUUAAUUUAACUGUUUACCAUUAUAUUUUAAUGGAUUGUUUAAUAUUUCUUUAUUUGAUGUCUUGUUUCUUUUUAAAGUUAUUGUGACUUUUUUGUAUUGGAUUAGAUUGCAAUUAGAUGUGUGAUCUUUGCGGUCUAUUUUGUUGUUUCUCCAGCAGGUAAACCACCUUGUGUAUAAAAAGUAAUAUAGAAUUGCGGUAUACAAAUUAAAAGUGAAAUGAAAUCUUCCAUG